AUGAAAGAUUUCAAAUGGAUUUUGCUGAAGUUGGCGCUAAUGGAAGAGCUCUUUUCAACAUUUAUGGGCGGUAUUCUGUUUCCCGAUUGUCUUUUCCCGGCUCAAGGGGCGGUUGUUCUUGGAUUGGCCUCUUACUUUGGUCCAAUUGGUGGCCAGUUUGCGGUAGCCGGCACAUUCUUCUUCGGAAUGUCAAUUUUCGUCUCGAUCAACGACUGUGUCCACGUGAGAUCACUCGUUUUUCAUGGAAAGCAUCAAUUGGUUGAAGCUCUUGUGAAGCCACAGAUUGGAAUUCCCCUCACAUUAGCGAUUAAGGGCAUCAUCGCGGCUCCAAUGUUUUUCACAAUGUGGAUGGGCUUUGAAAACUCUGAGAAUUUUGUCUCUCGAAUGAAAGCUUUGGCAAAAUGGGAAUAUAUUGAGUAUUAUGCAAUGGACAAUGGAACGGUUUGGGUGAGCAUGGAUGUGGCACAGACAUGGACAAUUGUAUUUUUGAUGGUUGUCGUCUUUGGUCUAAUCGCUAUUUACAUGGCAAAUCUACUGUCUGCUCUCAUUCUCUAUCGUCAACUGAGAUCUCUUCAAAGCCACAUGUCAGCCGUUUCAUUCAAGACGCAUAUUUCAGUCUUGUACAUGUUAAUCACACAAAACAUUUACCCAUUGAUAAUCAUGGUUUUGCCUGUAAUUUACACUGGAAUCGGUUUCGUCACGAAUAACUCGGCAAUGUUGGCGUCGAAUUUGUACAAGAAUGUGGCCGUCUUGGGACUGAUUCUUUAUCCGACAAUCAGCUGCCUCAUUUCGAUUGUCAUGAUGAAACCCUAUCGAGAAUUUGUGAAGACAAAGAUUUUCAAGAAAAUCCAUCGACAGAGAAUCGUCGCAGCAACGACAAGCAAUUUGAAUUCGAACUUGAGGAGAACGAACGCAUUCUCACAAACUCAACUCACUACUCGGACUCUUUCUACUUCAAACCACCCAACUUCACGAAAUGAU